UCGAGCGUUGACACCGCGACGCUGAGGUCAAGGGGAAGGAAACAUGGCCGCUUUGGUUAGAGGGUCUCGGAACUUGUUGCGAAGCUUUGGUCAGCAUGUGGGCCUGGCACUGGUGUCAUCGAGGGCCCUGGCCUCUAAAACCCCAGUUGGUUUCAUUGGGCUGGGGAAUAUGGGGGAUCCCAUGGCAAAAAACCUUCUGAAACACGGCUAUCCGGUCAUCGCUUCGGACAUUUUCCCAGAGUCCUGCAAAGAAAUACAGGACAUGGGGGCACAGAUCCUCGAUUCUCCAGCUGAAGUAGCUGACAAAGCAGACAGAAUAAUCACAAUGCUGCCCUCCAGCCCCAAUGUGAUAGAAGUAUAUACAGGGCCAAAUGGCAUUUUAAAGAAAGUGAAAAAGGGCUCGCUGCUAAUAGACUCCAGCACUAUUGAUCCUGCAGUUUCCAAGGAAAUGGCCCUAGCAGCUGAAAAAAUGGGAGCCGUGUUUAUGGAUGCCCCCGUGUCUGGAGGUGUUGGAGCUGCGAGUUCGGGAAAACUCACUUUCAUGGUCGGUGGAGCCGAAGAGGAGUUCAAUGCAGCGAAAGAGCUGUUGACCUGCAUGGGCGCCAAUGUGGUUUACUGUGGCGCAGUGGGCACUGGGCAGGCAGCCAAGAUCUGUAACAAUAUGUUGCUGGCUAUUGGUAUGAUCGGGACAGCUGAGACCAUGAACCUUGGAAUCAGGCUGGGUCUCGACCCCAAGCUGCUGGCGCAGAUCCUGAACAUGAGCUCUGGCCGCUGCUGGUCCAGUGAUGCUUACAACCCUGUUCCCGGAGUGAUGGAGGGGGUGCCCUCUGCUAACAGCUACCAGGGAGGGUUUGGGACCACACUAAUGGCAAAGGACCUGGGAUUAGCACAGAACUCGGCUACAAACACUAAAACAGCUGUCCCGCUGGGAUCGCUCGCCCAUCAGAUCUACAGGAUGAUGUGUGCACGGGGCUAUGCAAAAAAAGACUUCUCAUCUGUGUUCCAGUUUCUCCGAGAGGAGGAGAGCCAGUGAGGAGAGAUGUGGACGAUGUGUGAAAGUGUGCCUGAUGCACUUGUACUGUAUGCAGGACAGAUGCUCUGGUAGUUUAUAGUCAGGUAGCAGGAGGGGCGGGUGUAUUUUGAAAGCCGUAAACUUUGAUUGCAUACGGAGUCCGUAGGGAAAUAAGUGUUUUGACAGAUUGUGUACGUUUUGUACUUUCCUUUUUGGAACUGUCUGUGUGUUGCCUCUGUAAUCCUGCAUUUUAAAGCAGCACUCUUGUGCUCUAGAUUCAGUGAAUGGUAACACGCCUGAUUUCCCUCAUACAGAAAGCUUAUGGUUUAUUAUAAAGUCAUGUCAAGAUGAGUCUCUGUCAGCUAAAAGUGCAGGAACAAAAAUUGGAGAUGAUUUUUUCUCCUGUGAAAAAUGGUUCAGGUGGGAUUAGCUAUGCAAGGGACAGAUAACAGAAGCUCUUCAAUGUGCAAAGAUUAACCAUUUUUACUCUUACGUACACUGUGUCCUGUUUUUUCUUUUGGAAAAAAAAACAUUAUUUUCACACCCACUCCACUGUAUUGUUAGUUUUUAUUUCCUGAUAUUGUCGUGGUUUAUGUUUUCUGUUCAUUAACCAAGUAGACACUGGUUAUUCCCAACAGUGAAUAAAUGCUACAACUCACCAUUCUGUCAUGUUAUUGUGUAUUUGAAAUGCCUUAAAUAAAUAAAAAACACAAACAUUU